CGCAACAGGAGCGCAUAAUCGGUGGUACCACUACCACCAUUCAGAAUUACCCCUUCGCUUGCAUCAUGCAGAUCGCUCACGGGGCAGGCUGGCGCCACCACUGCGGCUGCACCAUCAUGAACAACAGAGCUGUGAUGUCUGCGGCACAUUGCUGGCCUCGCACAGCUCCCGCAAGAAAUUACCGCAUCCGUGUUGGUUCGACCACUAAGAGCAGCGGUGGUUCAAUGAUCGUCGUCCAACAACUGAUUGGCCACGCACAGUACAAUACAAGGAACCAUGACAACGACAUAGGUGUCAUCAGGACCAAUGCUAUCCCCAUAGGCUCUGCUGCGGUUCGCGCGGGGAACAUCGCUGGAGCGAACCACAACCCCCCUGACAACGCCAACGUCAUUGCUAUUGGAUGGGGCUUCACUACCCCAACUGGAUCCCCAUCAGAACACCUCCGUCACGUUCAACUGAGGGUUGUCAACCAUAACCAAUGCAGGAACGUCUAUGGUGGUAGCACCAUCACCGCCAACAUGCUCUGCGCGAUGUGGCCAGGUGGUGGCAGAGGAUCUUGCUUCGGAGACUCUGGAACUGCUCUCAUCCACAACAACGUGGUGGUCGGUGUCACCAGCUUCGGCGCUGAAUGCGCAUCAUCUCGCUGGCCAGGAGUAUACGCCAGGGUAUCUAGAUACACAGCCUGGCUCCGCCAACAUGCUUAAACACGAUUGAUUUUCUACAUUCCUUGACUUGGUUGUGCUAUAUUACCGAAAAUAUAAAUAUUA